GGCCUCACUGCGCAGGCGCGGACGCCGGCGUGGUCCCCAUGGAGCUUUGGUAGCGGAGUUCCUGCGGUGGCUUAGCCGGCGCCGUGGGAGCGUCCGGGAUGAGCGCGGCCGAGGCCGACCGCUGGGCGUGGCUGCUGGUGCUCAGCUUCGUGUUUGGGUGCAAUGUCCUCAGGAUUCUCCUCCCGUCCUUUUCGUCUUUCAUGUCCAGGGUGCUGCAGAAGGAUGCAGAGCAGGAGUCACAGAUGAGGGCAGAGAUCCAGGAUAUGAAGCAAGAGCUCUCCACCGUCAACAUGAUGGACGAGUUCGCCAGAUAUGCCCGGCUGGAGAGAAGGAUCAACAAGAUGACAGAUAAGCUCAAAACUCAUGUGAAAGCACGGACAGCUCAGUUGGCCAAGAUAAAAUGGGUUAUAAGUGUUGCUUUCUACAUAUUACAAGCGGCCCUGAUGGUCUCGCUCAUUUGGAAGUAUUACUCUGUGCCUGUGGCUGUGGUGCCGACCAAGUGGAUCACUCCGCUAGACCGCCUGGUAGCCUUCCCUACGAGAGUGGCAGGUGGUGUUGGGAUUACCUGCUGGAUUUUAGUCUGUAACAAAGUUGUGGCUAUCGUGCUUCACCCCUUCAGCUGAAAAAGACGACAAAUCCGACUGUGACAGUUUUAAGAACGGAUUUUCACCUAGUAGGUUAAAAAUCUGAUUUAUACUGUUUUAUUUUAUUUUAUUUUAAGAAACAAAAGCGCACAGGUUAGUUUUUUGUUGAACGUUUUUUGUUCUUGGACUUUAUGUGAGGUUCUUCUAAGAAUCACAAUUUUCUACUCUUGUCAUUGAACCAGAAAGGUCAGUCUGUCCUGCGUGUGUAUGGGCCAGCAGAGUACCGGCUUUAGUAUAAGAAAUGUGUGACAUUUUCAGCGUCUACAUGUUGUUACUUAUGAUUUGCACUCUUAGCUUAUUUUAAAGGUCACAUUGCCAACUAGAAAGUCAGAAUUUUCUCAUAAUUUAAGUAAUUUAAAGACCUCGUUGCUAUUUUUAAUCCAGAUUAGCUAUUUAAUACCACUACUAGAACUUAAAACUUUAUUUUUUAAUCUCAUGCGGUAGUACUAAAAGAAUAACACUAAUUGACCUUGUACUUUUUUCUUCCUCUGUUUAAAGUGUCAUUUGUUGGGCCAGCCUUUGCGUUGUGUUAUCUACUUAUUUGAAGCUGUUAACUUUUCAUUACUGUGUUUUGUAAACGUGUUCAUGAGACCACAGUGCAUUGUUUUGUGCUUGAAUUGUGUUUUGUAUUUAAAUCAUUUCAAAUGAAGUGUAUUUUAUAAGCAUUUAAUAUUUAUGCUGUAGAAUGAAACAAAGUUAAAAAACAAACUUGGGAGUCUGAUUAACUUAAUUUGAGUGGGUACAUGUUUGGCCCAUAGAGUAUAAUUCUGCUAAAUAUUUUUUAAAACACUUUUUUCUAAUUAAAUUUUUGCAAGUGCUUGUGUGA